UUUUUUUUUUCUCGCGAUUCGAUUAAGUGAAACAAGUAAAGAAAAGUGACGUGUUCUUCACAUUAGGAGUAGUUUGGUUUUUCCCUGUAUUCUCCACUUCAUUUUUUUUUUUUCAUAAUUCUUAUUCAAUUAUAAUGUCUUCAACAAAUACACCUACACAAACCACUACUGCCAUCACUUCAUCUGUAGAUAGAAGACCUGUUCCAGUUAAACUUGUUCUAUUAGGUGAAUCUGCGGUUGGUAAAUCAAGUCUUGUCGUUCGUUUUGUUAAUCGUGAAUACAGUGAAAAUAGAGAACCUACUAUUGGUGCUGCUUUCUUAACACAAAAAUGUACAGUUGACGAUGAUAAAAUAGUAAAGUUUGAAAUUUGGGAUACAGCAGGACAGGAACGUUUUCAUUCAUUAGCUCCCAUGUAUUACAGAAAUGCACAAGCUGCUAUUGUUAUGUAUGAUAUUACAAAGGCUUCAACUUUAGAUAAAGCAAAAGGCUGGGUUAAAGAACUACAGCGUCAAGCCAAUUCUCAAAUCGUUAUUGCUCUUGUAGGUAAUAAACUUGACUUGGUAGAAGAGCAAUCUACAGACGAUGAAAAUUCAAAUAGUAGACAAGUUACUUACGAAGAAGCUUCUGCUUAUGCAUCUGAAGCAGGUCUUUUGUUUUUUGAAACAAGUGCAAAAACUUCAGUUAACGUAGAUGAAGUCUUUACCGAAAUUGCCAAAAAUAUUCCUUUUGAUUAUCUUAUAAAUAACAGAAAUGGAUCACGAGUUGCAGGAGGAAAUAGUAAUAAUGCUAGACUUGAUCUUUUACGCGAAGCUGGUGUUAAUGGACAGAGCUCGAAUGGCUGUGCUUGUUAAAUAGUUACAACCUAUUUUCCUCUCCCUUCUUUUGUAUAGUAUAUUAUUAUUGUAUUUGUCUUUAUAUAAAAUAUAGUUCACAACUCUGUGACAAGUAUAUAAUACCUAAGGUGUAUGCAGCCAUACAACUCCU